AUGUUCCUUCUCGCGGCCUUUUGCCUGGCCCUGACGGCGAUGGGCGGUCAGGCCAGGCCCCUGGAGCCCACGGCCCAGCACAUCGUGAUCGUGACCCCGCAGGCGCAGGUUCACCUGGAGCCAGCCCUCCGCUAUGUCCACGGACUGUCGCCCCUGGCCCGCGUGUCCUCGCCCCACCACCAUGAGGAGACCAUCGUUUAUGUCCCGGCCGGAAGUGCUGCCCAGGUGGUGCCGGUGGUGGAUGCCGUGGGAUCUGGCCGUGCUGGCGGUGCGCCGGAGACCAAGCAGUGGGAGAACACGGGCGAGAUUGCCAACCAGAUCCAGCAGGUUUCCCAGCAGGGAGUCGAGAUCGUGAGCGGCCAGUUGAGCGAGGCGGCGGCAUCGGCAGCCUCCGCCGGAGCGGGCUUCUUCCCCUCCCUGUUCCCGCCCAGCGGUUCCAAGAAGGAGGAGCAGCAACUGCUGCAGGGUCUGAAAAGCGAUAAGAUUGAGCUGAUCGAAACGCCCGCCAAUACGCAGCCAUUGAUUGCCACCGAGGCCAGACACUUCUACAGCAUUCCCCAGGUCUAUCACACCCCCGUGGUGGAUGUGGUCCAUGGACCCCUCUACACCUGGCCCAUUUCCGCCAUCCGAGCACGCAGCAUCCAGCAGGAACCGGAAGCAGAGUUGACAGCCGCCGAGCCUGCUCUGAAGCAGACCUUGAAGGCAGAGCCGGAACCACAGGCCUUGUUGAAGGAACAGCCCCUGCUGAAGGAACAGCCCCUGCUGAAGGAGCAGUCACUGCUGAAGGAGCAGCCACAGCCACUGCUCAAGGAACAGCCCCUGGAGAAGUUGGCUCCGGAGCAGAAGCCCAUCAUUCCCGAUGCCAGCGAGCAGAAGGCUGAGUUUGCAGGUCGCCUCCUGGAGAGCAAUGCCAUCAAGCAGGAACUGAAGGGUGGCGAGAUCGCCAAGGAGCAACUCAAAGAGGAUUCAGCCAAGAUUCAGCAGCAGGAGGAGCUGAUCAAGACCAUUCAGGCCGAGCCGCUGAUCAAGACCAUCCAGCCUGAGCCCCUGACCAAGACCCUGCCCGCUGAGGCCAUCCAGGCCAUCGAGCAGCAGCAGCCGAAGCAGCAGGAGAUCCAGCAGAUCAUUCCGGCGCAGAAGGCCGAGAUCAUUGCCGAUGCCAUUGUGCCGCAGGCUUAG